AAUGAAGAACUUCAUUCUAUUGGUAUUGAUCUUUACAAUUGUUCAAUCCCUUGGAUUUCCAUCCUUUUAUCAUCGUUCAUCAGUAUAAUUUAAAUAAAACAAACAAUUUAGGAUAUUCAUGUAGAAAUUGCAUAAGCCAUACAAAAUUGUGAAGGAGUAGAAUUGGAAAUGGUUAGAGAUUAUCCAAAAUUAUCUAUGGUAACUUUAAAUAAGAAUCAAAAUAAACCAAAUAAAGGCUUUGUAAUUUUUGGAGAACAUGCAAGAGAAUUAAUCUCUCCAGAAACGGGUUUACAUUUUGUGAAAAAACUCUGUAAUCAAAAUGAAGAUAUGAAAUCAAUCAAAGAUAAUUAUGAAUUAAGAAUGAUAGUCAAUGUUAAUCCACUAUCUAGAGAGAAAGUAGAAUCUGGAGAUUUUUGUAAAAGAGAAAAUGAAAAUGGAGUUGAUUUGAAUCGUAAUUACAAAUCUCAUUGGUCUAAAGUAUUUAAAACUAAUUACUCAGGAUCAUGAUCCAGAAAUGGUAAGAACUGCUCCUGGUCCAUUUGCAUUUUCUGAAGCUGAAACCUAAACAGUAAGAGAUGAACUUAAAAAAUUCUCACCACAUGUUUUCUUUUCCAUACAUUCAGGAACUUUAGCACUUUUUACACCUUAUGCUUAUAGUAAAGAAUAACGUAAAAUAUUAAUUAUUAAGUUUUAGCAACUGAGAAUAUUUCAAAUAUGAUGUAAAUACUUACAGAAGUUAAAGAAAAACAUUGUGAAACAUGUAAAAUGGGAUCUUGUGGUCAUGAAAUUGGAUAUCUUUCUCCAGGUACUUCAAUGGAUUAUGCUUAUGAUGAUUUGAAAGUAAAUUAUUUAUAUUUAAUAAUACUUUUAGAUUCCUUAUUCAUUUACAUUUGAAAUCUAUCAUGGUGGUUUAGAUAUUAGAACUAAAAAACAUGCCCUUAAAUUUUUAGAAGUCUAAUCUUCUCAUAAUAAACAUAGAAUAACUGAUGAAGAAAAAUUAGAUUAAUUAUUAAGAGAUCAUUCAUGUUUUGCUACAACUUCUACGUAUUUGAUCUAUUUUUUAAUUAAUUAGAAAAGAAAUGCCACCUGAUGAAUGUUUCAAAUAUUUUAAUCCUGAAGAUAAAGAUUAAUAUGAUUUCUAUGUUGAAAAUUGGAGUUAAGCCAUUACAUUAUCAUUAAAUAGAGUAGCUGAAUAAAGGCAAACAUAAUAAUAAUCAUGA